UAAUAAACCGCCUCCUUGUUCCUGUUCUUCUUUUCCACUGUACCUGGACUUUCCAGUAUCUUGUCCCUGCAGUCAUUCCUUUAUUGCGAGAGCGUCUUUGUUCCAAUUGAGUGCGUGGACUUGUUGUCAUCGCGUGCGAUCCAAGAUGAAUUCCACGUCCAUCCUGUCGCCAAUGGCGCUGGACUCGUAUUGGGCUUCGUUUGAAGAGAUUUCCAAGUAUAAUGUCUCUCUCAAUUACUUCGAACGCCUUUGGCUCGCGUGGUACACGUACAUGCAGAACGAUGUCUUGGCCACCGGUAUCAUGUCCUUCGCCAUGCACGAAAUCGUGUACUUUGGACGGUCACUGCCCUGGAUCAUAAUCGACGCAAUUCCGUGGUUCAGGCGGUACAAACUGCAGCAGCAAAAAAUCCCCACCGCCUACGAGCAAUGGCAAUGCGCUUUCCUCGUCUUCAUUUCCCACGUCACCGUCGAACUCCCGCAAAUCUGGCUCUUCCACCCCAUGUGUCAAUAUUUCGGCAUGAGCACUGUGGUCCCGUUCCCUAGCAUGUACAAGAUGGCUUUCCAAAUCGCUGUCUUCUUCGUUUUGGAGGAUGCCUGGCACUACUGGAUACACCGCGCCAUGCACUGGGGUCCGCUGUAUAAGAACAUCCACAAGAUCCACCACCAAUAUUCUGCGCCUUUUGGUUUGGCCGCUGAAUACGCCUCUCCUAUUGAAGUCAUGGUUCUCGGUCUCGGCACUGUCGGCGUACCCAUUGCCUGGUGCGCUAUCACCAAGGAUCUGCACAUCUUGACUAUGUACCUGUGGAUCGUUUUUCGUCUAUUCCAAGCCAUCGACGCCCACAGCGGCUACGAGUUCCCCUGGAGUCUGCACCAUUUCAUCCCAUUCUGGGCUGGCGCUGAGCACCACGACAUCCAUCAUGAGCGCUUCAUCGGCAACUAUGCCAGCAGCUUCAGGUGGUGGGACUACUUCCUUGACACGGAGGCUGGUCCAGAAGCCGCCAAGAAGAGGCGGGAAAGGAAGAUGGCAAAGGCGAAGAAGGCGCAGUAGGCUGCUUUGGUUCAGGGUUUUCGGGUUUAUGAAAGCGGCAACCUGAUCGCAAUCUGGAAACGAGGCUCAAUAUUUCGAUUCUUAAUCAUCCCGCCGCAUCAUCCUCCUUCGCGACUCUACAUUGGCCUACGUGGUGGUAUCGGAAUCAACUUGCAUAGGAUUGGCGUUUGGUGAUGAGAAAAGCAGCAUAUGAUGCUUCUUAGCGGUUCUCGUUCAACAUACACAGGGCUUGAUAAUGGAAGGGAGAAGAAUGUAUAUAGCCGGAGGAAGCCCUCCUAGACUGCCUAUAUCUAAUAUCAUCAACGAUCGCUCAUGAAAA